UUAACAAUCAAUAAUCAAUGGAGAUAAUCAACUAAUCAACUAAUUAAUUUGUUUAUCAUUCACUGGACAAGUUGAUUAGUAAAAUCAAUCUAAUCAAAUGCUAAUGUUUGUCUUUGAUUAUUGAUCAACAAUUCAAAUUAACUCAUCUUGUAAAACUAAUUGAGAUGAUGAUGAGAGGAUGAGGAUGAGGAUUAAGAAGAAGAAGAAGAAGAAGAAGAAAGAAAAGAAAGAGAAAAGGUGAAAAUAGAAGAAAAAUAGAGAAGAGAAAAAAAUUAGAACAAAUUAGAUCAAAGUUCUGAGUCGAUUCGAGAUCGACCAACCAAUAGAAUCGUUUUAUGUUAAUUUAGUUUCUCUUCCAGUGACACCUAGUGUUUAUCUUCAUUCGUCUUCUUUAUCAUCAUCUCACAUAGACAGAAUUAGGAGAGAGAGAUGACAAAAAAUAUCGAUCAUCAUCUUCAUCAUUAUCAUUCAAUGAGAUGUUAACAUAACUGUGAAAAGAGAAAAAGUUUCAUUUUAGAUUCGAAAAAAAAAUUUUCGAUUCAUUUUCUUUCCACUUCUAUUUCUCGAUUGUUAUCCUAUUAUCUUGUUAUUAAACCAACAAUCAAUUAAAUUAGUGAAUCACAAUGAAGAGACACAGUAUUGAUGCUAUACUUGGAAUUCAACACAUCGAUACAAUUAAUUCAACGGCAACAAUUAAACAGCAAUCAAAUAAAAAGGAUAAAACAGUUCUACCUUUUUCUCUAUCAUCACCAUCAUCGUCUUCAUCAUCUUCCUCUUCACUAUCAUCUUCUACUUCUGCAGUAGCCUCAUCGUCUUUCACUUUUGGAUUUAAUAAUUCCGGAAGUAACAAUGAGCUCGACAGAAAAGGAGGUGUCUUGCUUGUGGUCAACGGUAAUGGUCAAAGUGUCGGAGUUGGAGUUGGAUCUGGUGGACUAUCCAAUGGUCAUUCUAAGGCUAGUUUAUCUUUUGGAUUAAUGAAAAGUUCAUCAUCAAUUGUAACAACAACAACAACAUCUUCAUCAUCACCAACAUCGAUUGGUGAAAACAAUCAAUUGACAAAAGCAAUUAACUCAACAAGUUUCAAUCCUAAUCAUCAUCAUCCACUUCGUCAUCAUGUUAAUGGCUACUCUCCUUGUCCAUCACCUCAAUUAUCAUAUAAAGAUGAAGAUAAUUUUGAGGAGGAUAAUAUUCAUCACAAUGACGAUGAAGAUAAUAACGGUCGAUUAGACGAAAUCGAUGAUGAUGACGACGAUACUUGUGCAUCUAUGGACUCGAACUCUGGUUACCCUUCGGGUAACACAAACGUGAACCAUAAUGAACUUUCUGGACCAAAAUCGAAACACCGACGGACCCGUACAACUUUUACAACUUAUCAACUUUACGAACUCGAAAGAGCAUUUGAAAAGUCGCAAUAUCCUGAUGUUUUUACUCGUGAAGAAUUGGCCUGUAAGGUCAAUUUAUCUGAGGCUCGUGUUCAGGUUUGGUUUCAAAAUCGUCGAGCUAAAUGGAGACGACAGGAAAAGAUGGAAAGUCAAUCAUCAUCGGGUUUUAAUCAUCCACAAUUAACUGAUUCAUUUGUUUCACCAAAUACUCGAUUAAAUGGACUACCAAUUAAUCCUACCUCAUCAUCAGGUCCAAACUCGUUACCAAACUCACUGGCUAAUAUUAAUGGCUCUAGUACAAUAGGCUUAACACCUUAUCAUUUUCACCCUUAUCCUCAUCAUCCUGCCCAUCAUCAUCCUCAUCACCAUCAUCCACUUUCUUCACUCCAUCAAUCAAUCCCCAUACAAUAUCCUCUUGAAUCGUGGUUAGCAGCAGCAGCAGCCACAGCAACACCAACAACAAUAUCUUCAACUACAACCACAUCGUCAACACCUCAAGCAUCAUCAUUGUUAUUAACUGCAACUAAAGCGAAAGUAAUAUCACCUUCAAGCUCAUCAUCUUCAUCUUCACCAACAACAACAACAACCUCACCGAUCUCUUCAUCUCCAUCAACUACUACAACACCGUCUGUAUUAUUAUCAUCACUACCUGGUUUUAAACCGUCUCCUUCAUCAUCUAAUCCUUAUCCAAGUUACUUGUUAACUUCUGCAGCCUCUUCUACACCAUCACCUUCGUCAUCAGGAUCAUCAGCAUCAUCCAUAGCAAUUAAACUACCUCAUUUAUCAUCCUCAUCAAAUGUUACAUCUUCUACAUCCAAUUCAACAGCAACUUUAGCUGCUGCACUACAUCAUUAUGUUAACCCACUAUUUCAAUUCACAACACCACAUCACCCUCUUCACCACCAUUCCCUUACAUCACAUCCUGGACCUUUACUUUUCCUAAACAAUGUUACUAAAAAUACUCAAAACUUAUCUGGCUCCUCUCCUUCAUCAUCAACUCUGUCAGGUAAUCCAUUGAAUCUUUCACUAGGCGAAGAAUCAACACAAACCAAUUCAAUAGAAGUUAAUGAUAAUACUCAGAUGGUUUUAAAAACAAUAGAUGAUAACCAUUUAGAGAUUUCAUCCAAAAAAAUUAAAGAAAAUCCAGAAUCAUGUAAUAAUAAAGUAAGAGUUGUUUGAUUUUAUCAAAAUUACACAAUAUAAUCAAUUAAAUAUCCUCAAUUCAUAAAAGCAAUUAAAAAUUAUUAUUAAAUUCUCUAGUCAAUCAUUUUUACAAUAAUGUGAAACUAAGUAAAUUUGAACAAAAAUUUUUACUCACAAAAUUUAAAGCUGUGGACAAAACUACAACUCAGGUAAAGUUUAUAUGAAAGAUUUGUUAACUUUUAUAUAAUUAUAAUUAUUUCAGUGAAAUAAGUGAAAAACAUAGUGCAGUCAAUUGGAAUUUUAUUUACAGACUUUUAGACGUAAAUUAAUCAGAAAGGGAUAGACCAAAAUUUGUGAAUAGUUAAGAUUUAUUGUGACCGAAAUGCUAAAAAAUGAAAGCCAAGUUAAUGAUAGUGCAAAUUGCGACUACACAACACAUCAAGAUGAACAAGGUAAAUCUUUAAUACUUAAUAAUAAGAAACAAACAAGAGUUGUUUUUCGAGAUGAUCAGAUUGAAGUCCUCAAGAGCUCUUUCAACAAUUCGAAUUAUCCAGAUCUGGCUACUAGAGAAUCUUUAGCGGCUGAAAUUGGCGUUCAAGAAAACAGUGUAAGAAUUUGGUUUCAAAAUUAUCGUGCUAUACAGCGAAGAAUUCAACAAAGCAACAAACCGUCAAACCCUUUUCCAUCCUUUAAAUGAUUUCGAAACCAAACUCAAACAUUGUUAUUUCACAGCAAUAGUUGGUCAUAAAAAGGUAUAUUAUGGUUAUGAAAAUCACUCAGUAAGGAGAAUAACUCGCUAUAGUUAGUACUGAAACGAAAACACUAGCAUCGAAUAUCGUGAUUAAAACAAUUUUAAAACCAAAUGAAAUAAAAGCACUUUAUUCAAAUCAAUAUAAUAAUUCCCAUUGAUUCAUUUUAUUUCAGUACAUUCAAAGUUAGAAUAUAUUAAUAUAACACAUUACAACAAUAAUGAAGG